GUAUGGAUUUGACAUCACAAGAAGACAAAACUAAACCUGGAAAAUUCACAAAUGCACAAAAACCUCAAGCUUCGCUAUCGUUACUCUCCCAUACGAUAGUCAGGUAAUUGAAGAGAGUGUAUUUCCAUUGAGACCAGAAAUCAAUCAUUGCCAUGGCAACCUCUCUCCUAUCGCAACUCUCAGCCCCAACGCCAGAGCUAGCGAGUCCCUCUUCUGGGCUCCCAAAAUCCUCUUUCCUCCCCAAUACAAAGCUCUUCUUCUUAACCAAUUCAAGAAAACAGAGACUUUUUCAACAGAGAUGCUUCAGAGCCCCUUCUGCAUCUGGGAAAUCUCUCAACCACAUACCCAAUCAGUUCAGACAAGAGAAUCUCAAGGAUGGAUUGAUGGAAAAUUACAAGAACGUACCGCGUCAUCUUUAUGGUCUCACACCUUCACAGCUAGACAUGUUCAUGACUGAAGAUAAUCCAGUUCGUCGACAGUCAGAAAGUGUUACAGAGGAAAGUAUCUCAUCUAGAAGUAACUAUUUGGAACAUGGGGGAAUGUACAGUGUAUCAGGCAUGAUGGAUAGGGGUCCUGCAAAAUAUAGCAUGAGCGUAAGCAUGUACCGCGGAGGAGGCAGAGGAUAUGGGAGACCGAGAAGUGCUCCCCCUGAUUUGCCUUCUUUGCUCUUAGAUGCUCGGAUAUGUUAUCUGGGAAUGCCAAUUGUACCAGCUGUCACCGAGCUUCUGGUUGCUCAGUUCAUGUAUUUGGAUUAUGAUGACUCUUCAAAGCCUAUAUAUCUAUACAUAAACUCAUCUGGGACACAGAAUGAGAAGAUGGAGACUGUUGGUUCUGAAACAGAGGCAUAUGCCAUUGCUGACGCUAUGAAUUACUGUAAAUCAACUGUCUACACUGUGAAUUGUGGCAUGGCAUAUGGUCAAGCAGCAAUGCUCCUAUCUCUAGGAGCCAAGGGUUUCCGUGCUUUACAGCCAAACUCAUCUACAAAGUUGUAUCUGCCUAAAGUCAACAAAUCAAGUGGAGCUGUGAUAGAUAUGUGGAUUAAGGCAAAGGAACUUGAUGCAAAUACCGAGUAUUUCAUUGAACUAUUAGCUAAGGGAACUGGAAAGUCAAAGGAAGAAAUUACUAAAGAUGUUCAGCGACCUAAAUAUCUGAAAGCACAAGAAGCUAUAGACUAUGGUCUUGCAGACAAGAUAGUUGACUCGAGUGAUGAUGCUUUUGAGAAACGGGAUUAUGAUGCAUUGCUUGCCCAAUCAAAAGCCAUGAGGGCAGGAGCGGCUGGUCCAAGAGCAGCUCCUUCAGGGUUCAGGUAAUUACAGAGCAGCAUAGAAUGUUAAUUUGAAGGGGAAAUAUAAAGGAAGUCUACGCAGUUGAUGGUGGAGCUAGUUACUGUGACUUGAUAGACCUCAGUUAGCGUACAUGUCUUCAAUUGCUGUAUGCAAAAUACGUAUCUUGACCGAAGGGCUAUGUAAAAUUUACAUGUGUAGCAAACGGUUGCUCUUUCAUAAUGCAUACUGUGAUCCUUAUAUUUCCUGAUACCUAUUAGAAUUUUUUGCUACUUUUUUUC